UUUUCAUUUUUCCUUUUUUAUUUUCUUGGGGUAGAGGUGAGGGUUCGAGAGGAGAGGUCAGUUUUCAAGGGAGCGGGGAGAGGAGGAAUGGAAUGCCCUUAUCAAGUUCAAAAACUCAUCUGCAAGAAGCAUUCACCUGAAUCAUCCACCAAGGCAAUUUCAUACUGUGAUGCAACCAUCUAUGUUCAGUGGUGUAGAGUGAUAUCUUGUGGUCCUCUUCUUCUCUGUAUCAUCCCUGUAUCCUCCACCUUUAACUCAUGGAAAAUGACAAGCAUCCUCCUUCAUUGCAUGUACUGUGUUGUUGGCAGCAUUAUAACUCUGUACUUGGGUUUCUCUUGCUGUUUUCUCAUCCAUCGCUUUGUCCAGAAAUUUACGCAGUAUAUAAUUCUCUGCUGUCACUCAACUUUUGGUGUUUUUGUACUAAUAGCUAGAAGCAAUUCAUUCUAGUUGUCAUUGAUUAUUCUUUUUCUACAUUGUAAAUCAACACAUCAAACUUGCAUUGGUUAUCAAAUUAUUCUGUGUUACUAAA